CAAGUUCAAAAUGCCUAAAAAACAAAACCGUAUGAACAAUAAGAAACCCAAUAAGGAGUCUAGUAAUGGUAGCAAUCGUGGACGUGGUGGAUUCAGAGGUGGUGGUAGAGGACGUGGUACGCCACGCACCGGUAGAGGUGGAUUACAAUAUCAAGCAGGAUCUAUGAAUUCUAUGGGAUUUGAUUACAGCCAGAUCAAUACAAACUCUGAAUUACCGAAAUACUCAAGUGUUGACGUACAAAAGGAUGCGCCUACAGCUUCAAAGAAGGAGAGAGCUGGUAUAAAACAGCACAUGCCUUACUUUAUGAAUGCGUCAAAAGGUAGACCGAACAAAAACGGUCAUAAAGGUUUAGGUUACGUGAGGAAAUCGCCAGAAGAGGAAGCUGCAUUAUUUGAGCGUAAAUUAGCUAAAGGAAAAUCUAAAGGUGGCGACCAAUCCGCAAAUCCACUCUUACAACCGAUUUCUUUUGUUAAGGGAACGAGUACAUGGGAUAAGGAUAUGGAUCUGAGUAAUAUAAAAAUGGCAGCAGAAACCAAGGAUGCUGAGGAUGUAUUUGUUCAGAUUCCAACCGAACAACGUCCUGAAGAGGGCGAUGACGUCGAUGAAACACAAGAUGAGACGCAGGCUACAACCGCCGUAGAGGAAGAAGAAAGCAUUUACAAUAGCACUUUUGAGACCAGUGCAUUUGAUACAAGCAAUGUCGUUUCAUCAGCAGUAUCAUCAACUGGCGAAUCUACGUCUACUGCAGGAGAAGAAGUAGAGGUAGAUGAGGAUAUUGAAAUAAACAAUCCUGAUAGUUCUCUCCCAUCAAUUUCAAGAUUGAACAUCGACGAAUCUAACGAUGCAGAUGAAAGCUUAAUUGAAGCCAACUUACUUGAUUUGAGCAAUGCUGAUACGAGCAUUCAAACAGUAACUGAACCAAAUAUGACGAGGGAUGAUGAUAAGGUGCUUUCUGACGAGGAAUUUGCUGCAAGUGAUGACAAAAUCAUUUCUGAUAAGGAUUCAAUUGCAAAUGAUGAUUUGUUCAUUAUUGACUCAAAACCUUCCGAAAUACCUGAUUCAUUGAAACCAAAAGAUGAAGCAACUGCAAUAGUUUUAGACGAAAGGGUUGAAAACAAUGAGGAUGUGGAUAUUGAAGCAAAUCCUCAUCACUCAUUCUCAAGGAGCGAGAUUGUAGAAGUUGAAGAACCUGUAUUGUCAAAUGUACCAGAAACAAAAAACAGUAAGAUGUUCAAAGCAAUGCAAAAUGACAAUCUAUUUAAGAAUGUUCAACAACUCGGACAGAUGUUCGCUUCAGGUAACAAACCAUCAUUUGAGGACUUCACCUUCUCUCCUAACUUUAACAAAAAGGAUAAGAAGAAGAACAAAAAGAACAAGAAUAAAAUUUCACCUGAAGAACCUCUCGAACCACGCGUUGGUGAUUCCGACCUUGAAUGGGGUAGUGAUGGUCCACCAGAACCAAAGAAUAACCAAUCUAAGAAGACAAGCAAACCAAAGAAGCAGACAAUAGAUGAUGCAAUCGUCGCAGAUUGGUUGGAGAAUUCUAGACAGGAUGACAGCGAUGAUGAUGAUUCCGGUGGUGAAGCUGCAGCUGGACCAUUUGGAGCUGAUGAUUCAGCUUUACGUUCAUUUGUUGACAAUAUGUCAAGAAAUCAGAACUCAAUUACUGAUUUGAAAAUUGACAAACGCCUUCGUAAAGAGGCUGUCGAAGAAGAAGAAUGGGAUGAUGGAUCAUCAGUCGAUUCAGUGGAAUUUGAUUCAGAAUUUGAGAAGGAAGAAAAUUUCAAAUUUGGAUUCUCAGAUAAUGACAGUGUUGAUGUUGAUAUCGAUGACAAUGAGAUCGAUUUAGAUUCAAGCUUAUCGUCAGAGGAAGCUUAUGAACUUGGUAGAGCUCGUGCUAAAGCAGCGAAGAAGGAAGGUAUUGUCACAGAACGCAGCCGUAAAGGUAAAGGUAAAAAGAAGGCUGACGAUUUCCAUGAUUUCGAUAAGUUGCUAGAAUUUGAUGACUUUGAAGGAAAGCAUAAUAAGUGGGAUGAAGAAGAACAGUACUUGGAUGAGUUAGCCGCUAUAAUCGAGAAUAAGAGACAAGACAUCCAGAAAGCGAGGUCAUCAUCUUCACGUCAAGCUUCACGUCAAGGAAAGUAUUCAUAUGAUGAUUACGGUGAUGUCUACGGUGACGAUUCAGAAGAUGACUUUGCUAUUGACCCAAGUGAUAUUAUCUUCCCAACAAGUUCAAAGAAAAAGAAAUCCAAGGUACCACCACAACUGCAAAGACUUUGGGAUCAAGAUAGAGUUCGCAAAGCUGAGAAAAAGAAGGUGAGAGAGCAGAUCAGAAUGGCGGAUGCUCUAUCACCAUACACUAAAACGAAAGGCAAAAAAGCAAAGAAAAUGCAAGCCAGAGCUAUCAAAGCGGCUGCUGAACUAUCUGAUGAUGAUUUCUUACCUGAUUACUACAAUGUCCAGACUAUCAACACCGAAAUUCAAUCAUUUGUCGAUGUUCCACAGAGAAAAAUGAUGAAGUUGCCUCCUAUGGAUAACAAAUCAAGGAAACAGAUACAUAUGCUGGCGGAAACCUACAAUUUGAAGUCCAAGUCGACCGGUAAAGGAGUUGGUAGACACAUUAUGCUUUUGAAGACUGCAAGAAGUGGUAAAAAUAUCGAUUACGCUGCUGUCAACAAAGCUGCCAAAGCUUGUGAUAAAGGUGGUAUUGGUAACUUCUAUAAGACCCUUCAUCUUGCUCGUAAAGCCGCUCAGGUAGAAAGGAAGAGCGGGCAAGCAGCCAAACCAAAGAUGAUGCCACAUAGGGAAGGUACAAUUGUGGGACAUGAAGCCAAACCAAUUGGGCAAGAGUCUGUCGGUUACAAGUUGUUGGCCAUGAUGGGUUGGAACCAUGGUCAGAAAAUGGGACAAUCUGGUGAGGGUUUGGAAGCGCCAGUUGCAGCCGUCAUUAAGAACUCGCGUCUCGGAUUAGGUGCAUCAUAGAUUUGAACUAUUUUUGUAUGGCGGAAUUCAAAUAUCAAUCACAGUUUAUAAUUCUAUCGUGUUUAUGAUUACUUUAUGUUAUUACACCUUCUAAUAAUGGCAAAAUAAUUUAAUUACCUAAGCUUGAUUAAAGGAUUCCUGAAAUUUGCGUUGCCUUAGAAGCAUCUUGGGGUAAAGUCAGUUGGGUCUUGAGGAAUGACGCCGAGUUCAAGGAGACGCUGGUAUGACCAGUCAGCACCAAGUUCUGUUCUCCAUGUCCAGAAGAAGUAGCGCUCUCCGUAAGCAUCAACUUGAGCUUCCCAGAAGACACGCAAGGAGUCCUUGUAUUCCUCUGUCCAGUCGCUACCGUCACCGGUCUUUCCUUCACAGGUGUCGAUAUACUCGUCAGAAGAUGAGUGUUGACCUUCUAAACGUGCACCUUCGACGAGACGACCAUUGAGGUAUGGUGUGCAGUCCGUAAUGGCUGCUGUCCACUCACCGACGACGGCGAAGUGGUGUUGGUCAGUGACUUCCUGGAGUGUUUGUUUGUAGGAGCAUGCGGUAGCAAUACGCUCUUCAUCAGUGCGCUUGAGUUCAUCCGGUGAGAAGACUUGGUAUCUGUGAACAUCGAGUUGAGUACCAUCUAAGAAACCAUCCCAAUAGUGUGAGUCUUCUUUGAAACCGUCGUGAAGAACAACUUCAGUAUCACCAUCGAUGAUAUCAAAACCAGAUUGGUAGUAGUUCUUUAAGACUGGGAUCAUACCUUCAUCUGCGAAGGUUGCUGGCUCGUUGAGUAAUUCAAUAGCUUCAACAACAUCUUCGUAUUCUGGUGUUGCGAAUUCGUUCUUGAUUUCUUGGAUGACGUAGAGAGUUCUCUCAACUUGAGCUUGAUUUGUGUGCCAAGCUGGCUUGUCAAGGAGUUGACCGUCGUUAUCGAAACCAUUUUGACCACCUGGAGCGGAGUGGAGAUCAAUCCAUGCCUUCAAUUCGUAGUCGCGACACCAUUUCAAUGCUUCUCUAAGCUUUUCUACUCUGUUACCAACAAUGAAGGGCUCAAAGUCACGCUUAUCGAAUGCCCAGUGUGGUACUGGGAUUCUGACAUGAGUCAAACCAGCCGCACGUAUUUGAGCGAAAUCGUCUUCAGUGAUGAAUGUCUCAAGAUGAUCGUUAACUGCCCUAGUUGCGACUUCUUCAUCUUGUCUUUCACCAAAGGUCCAUUCGUCUACGAUUUUAUCAUCUAAUGUGUUAUCGAAUACGGAUGGAGUGAUAAAAGGCUCCAUUAACAACCAUCCACCAAUGUUAACACCUCUCAAAACACCACUACCUGCGUCUUGCUUUCUGUAGACUGGAGUGGCUGCUGCGAGGGUGGCUGCUGAUAGUGCAGCUAACGAUUGAAGAAGUUUGACCAUAGGUUUCU